AUGCCAACACUCAAAGCUCUUAUAAUUGGAAAAGUCAAAGACAAAGCUUCAAUAAGCAAAGUCAGAUUGUUUCAUAGUUUCAGUUCCAAAUCCGUCAGAUACAUUCACUUAGCCCUUUUGAAAUCAACAACUCACACUUCUCACAAACCACCUAACUGCGACUAUGUUUCGGCGGUCGUCUCUUACUCUAACAGCCCUUAUGGUCCGGCAGCUUUCGCGGCGGUUCUAUGGAGGUUACGUGUCACCAAGGACGCUUUAGUCGCCACCAAGACUCUCAUCGUCUUUCAUAAACUUAUCAAAUCAUCAAGAGCCACGUUUGGAGGAUUCGAUCGUGAUCGUUGUCAAAACAAUCUAAAGCUGAAUGAUUUCAGUAACAAAUCUUCUUAUUUUACACUAGAGUUGUCUCAAUGGGUUGGAUGGUAUGCAUCGUAUUUGGAUUGUCUCUCAUGGAUUUCGGAGGUAUUAGGGUCUUUUCCAAAUUUAAAGGAGAGCUCAAAAGAGAAAGCCAAAGAGAAAGAUUGUGUAUGGUCUUACCAAACCGCAUAUAUUAUGAGACAAACCGAUUCCCUUGUGACUUUCUUUGAGCAUAUAUGCACCAGACCGGAGAUUCCCCCUCGGUUCCAAAACAAGAUCGUGGAUGAGAUCAGAGAGCUCGUGAUUCAAGACUACUUCACGGUUAUUAGAUUGGUUAUGGUACGGCUUCAAGUGUUGAGUGAAAGAUUGACUAAACCGGGUUUUGAACAUGUUGGUGAUUUCGGUUUGAACGAUUUGAGUCCGGUUUUGGUAAGACUUGAAGAAUGCAAAGAGAGUUUGAGUGGAUUUUCCUGGUGUUGCAAACGUCUAGCGGAGGAUUUUUGGUGUUUGGUUGAGAAAUUAAAGGGUGAGACGGUUAAGGAUGACGAAGAGAUGGUUGAAUUGUCCGGUUUGGUUCAGACCACGGUUGAGGACGAUAAAGAGAUGGUUGAAUUGGCCGGUUCGUCUCAGAACAAAUGGGUGACAUUCGACGAUUCUGAGAUGGCAACAAAUGAGGUGGUAAAAUGGGAUUCCAAAUGGGUAACAUUUGAUGACUCCAAGGCGUUGAGCUUGUGCACAUAA